AUGAUCCACGCACAGGAUUCGCUCGCCGCUGUUCGUAAUCUGACCUCGAUCCCUUUAGCGUCGCCCGAGCGCACUCCGCAGACUCGGCCACCCCACUCCGCUUCAGCGUGCAUCCCGUCUGCAUCUCCGGGGUAUGCCACAGCGAGGAAACCGACGAGCGCUCCAGAAUACGAAGGAACAAGCGGACAUUCAUUCCAAUGUGUUCGUAAUCGCAAUGGACGAGUUGUGGGCAACGCUGGUCUCGUGAUCAGAACGCUACGAAGCGUGCUUGCUCCGGCCGACGGUAUUGGUGGGGAGAGAUCUAUUUCUGUGGGAGCUAAGAUGUUCUGGGCGUUCUGGGCUGCCUCCCACGCGUCCCACGCGCUCAGCCCGCCCGGUGCGGACACGGUCUGCCUUCAGGCCCGUUACGCGGAUGAGCAAGGGAAAGUGCAGGAAAAGCCAGGAUAUCGCAAGAGACUAGCAGGGUGGGUGCACGAUCGCUGGCAAAGUCAUGAUCCGAAGAUUUGUCGCUCACCUGCGCUUCGUGCUGCCGCACACGUCGUGCGCGUCGUGCCAUUCGCCUUGCCCAACGUCCGCCGACCUGCGGAUAUACAGUCGGUAAAUUGGCUUUGGUCGUCGUUCCUGAAGCACCUCACGUACCUCGCUAUCGACCCAGGCACAGUGUUAGCGUCAGGUGGACACUGCCUCGGAGGCCGUUUCGGCGAGAUCGGCGCACUCGCCUUAUUCCUCGAUACUCUUCACGCUCCCGCUAGGGAAAGAGCUGCUAGUCGCUUCGCCGAGCCCGACGCCGACACACGACGGCGCCCGGAGACCAUGUCCGUCAGUACGUCCGCGGCCUCACGGCGGAGAGGGGCUAGCCGGAUAGGUCGAGCGUUAGGGAAGAUCGCGAUCACACGCCGUCUCACGCCAGGUACUCCAUACCUUGCCUCAUAUGGCACCAUGUGCAUCUCAGGGCAGGCGCUAUUUUCUGCCGACCCUGUCCGGGGAAAGUUAUCUCUCGGCUCUUGGUUGGUGCGUUCAGCCCGUCUCAGGGAAUGCAAGCUACAAGUCACCGAAAGUCACCGUGGAGCCAUGUGGGGCCAACGCCCGCCCUUGCCUCACCCCUUUGGCAGUCCCUGUGCCUCCCCUCGUUCCCCUGCAUCCUUUGCGUCUCCUGCCUCCCUAGAAGCCUAG